UCCAGUUCCUUUGAAUCAGAAUAAAAAGUGCAGCAAACUUCAGACUCAUUGACUGCAGGCUUAACAAGCGCCGGGGCUUUUCUUCUUUCCGCAGCUUGCAAGGAUCUCUGUUUUUUACCAAACAAUUCUGAGAAAACAAUGGCCAGCUUCUACGUGUGGGCAACUUUUGGAUUAUGUUUGCUGAAGCUUUGUCUAACAGAGACACAAUUCAAUGUAAGUUGCAGAUAUAGAGGAGUUUUUCAUGUGGAAAAAAAUGGUCGCUACAGUCUCACACGAACUGAAGCAGCUGACCUUUGCAGAGCUCUCAAUAGUACCUUGUCAACACUAGAACAGCUGGAAAAAGCUCACGAACUUGGAUUUGAAACUUGCAGGUAUGGUUUUGUAGUGGGGUAUAUUGUUAUCCCACGAAUCAAUCCCUAUCAUCUUUGUGCAGCAAAUCAUACUGGAAUUUAUAAACUUUCAGCAAAUACAACAGGCCGUUAUGAUGCAUAUUGUUACAAUGCAACAGAAACAAGGGACAAAGCAUGCGAGCCAAUUGAAAGAAUAGACACUUCUUUUCUCAGUAAUCAGGGUGAAAUAGUCAUUGACAAUGAAGAUGGCUCACGUUAUAAUGCAGAUGGCACACGUCAUAGUGGAGACUCCUCAACCUCAGGUGUGGAUGAUGAAAAUGUAGGUAGUGGAUCAUCACAUGACACAACUCCAGUGGAUACCUCCAUCAGGAGAUCCAGUCCCUCGUAUUAUGGAAGUGUUACUCCAGUCUCACAUCUGUCAGAUCAUUCUUCUGGAGGAGGUGAAAAGGAGUUUCCUGUCACAAAUUCUGAUGAUGAAAUUUCUCCUACAUCAACUGAUAUCUCUUUGGUAACGGGAUUUGAUGAUUUCGCCAAAGAAGAUGAUGAACGGCAUCGUGGAAGUACUACUCCGGGGCCUCCUCGUGUUCACCUGGAGAAAACUACCACCCAAACCUGGUGGAAUCCAUUUUCAAACGAGUGGUGGUGGUCAAAUCCCAGAGAGAAGACACAAGAACCCACACAGACAACAAGGGCAGAUGUGACCUCAAGCGGCAACGGUUCGGAUGAUGAAGACUCUUCAGAGGAGACAACUUACCCUACGGUGUUUCCAGGAUGGGAUAUAAGUGUGGCCAAGAAAGAGUAUGCUCCAAGUACUACUCCGGGGCCUCCUCAUGUUCACCUGGAGAAAACUACCACCCAAACCUGGUGGAAUCCAUUUUCAAAUGAGUGGUGGUGGUCAAAUCCCAGAGAGAAGACACAAGAACCCACACAGACAACAAGGGCAGAUGUGACCUCAAGCGGCAACGGUUCAGAUGAUGAAGACUCUUCAGAGGAGACGACUUACCCUACAGUGUUUCCAGGAUGGGAUAUAAGUGUGGCCAAGAAAGAGUAUGCUCCAAGUACUACUAUGGACUUGCAACAUGGAGUGCUUCUGGAAAUCUCCACACAAGAUCCUUGGAACCCCUCUUAUACAGAUGAAGAGGAGCAAUAUCCUAGCUCUGCGGGCAGGGCACCAGUUACAAGUGAAAAUGAAAAGCAUCAAGGACCAACCCAACAUCCACUGUUACACAGUGCUCAUUCUGGAUGGAUCAGUCAAGCACAAAACCCUGCAAAUACAACUGGGAGUACUGAACAUCAAGAAUUUACUCUUCCAGGUGAAAAUGAUAUUGAAAAGAAAACUUCUUAUACAGCUAUGGCCUCCAGUCAUGGGGCCAGACAGAAUGACUCAGCGCAAGACCAAUUGGUGUAUCCAGGCUGGGACAAGGGAGAGGAUUAUUCCACACAAGCCCCUGUAAUGGAUAGAGUUAUUCCUUCCAGAGAAAAUAAUCAUGAAAAAGAGUCUUCCAAUACAGCUCUUGCCACUCCUGACGGUGCUCAUCAUGAAGACUCAACUCAGCCACCUCUGUCUUCAGACAAUGAAGUAGGAUGGGGCACUGAAGGCAUCACACAUUCCACAGAUGCCCCUGGGGGUGAGGUCCUCCACGGGCUGAAUCCUGCUAGUACGAAUGAAGCUGGAGAUGACUCUCUCCUGACGGGUACCAUCACAGAAUCCAUGGAUGCUGUCAGCCGGGAGGAAGCUACCAAAGAGCCGUUGGCACCCAGCGCUCAGCCUGGAAGUGAAAGUGAACAAGCAAAUACCACAGACGGCUCUUAUGUCAAUUUGGUACCUGGAGUUUUUUCAGACAUUGAUGAUCAUCACAAUCAGUUACAGACCCUUCUUUCUACGACUCUUGCCACUCCUGACGGUGCUCAUCAUGAAGACUCAACUCAGCCACCUCUGUCUUCAGACAAUGAAGAAGGAUGGGGCACUGAAGGCAUCACACAUUCCACAGAUGCCCCUGGGGGUGAGGUCCUCCACGGGCUGAAUCCUGCUAGUACGAAUGAAGCUGGAGAUGACUCUCUCCUGACGGGUACCACAACAGCCAAAAUUGAUGUUCUGGAACCAGCGGAUGUAACCCAGGAAGUGUGGACACCUCGAGUCAUCAUAACAGCUCUUGCCACUCCUGACGGUGCUCAUCAUGAAGACUCAACUCAGCCACCUCUGUCUUCAGACAAUGAAGUAGGAUGGGGCACUGAAGGCAUCACACAUUCCACAGAUGCCCCUGGGGGUGAGGUCCUCCACGGGCUGAAUCCUGCUAGUACGAAUGAAGCUGGAGAUGACUCUCUCCUGACGGGUACCAUCACGGAGUCCAUGGAUGUUGUCGGCCGGGAGGAAGCUACCAAAGAGCCGUUGGCACCCAGCGCUCAGCCUGGAAGUGAAAGUGAACAAGCAAAUACCACAGACGGCUCUUAUGUCAAUUUGGUACCUGGAGUUUUUUCAGACAUUGAUGAUCAUCACAAUCAGUUACAGACCCCUCUUCCUCCUAGAUCUACAACCAUUAUAGAUGGUGAUCAUGGUUCACGCAAGGGAAAUUUUGAACCCACUCCUAACCCUGGAGAGAACGCAACAACAACAAUAACAUCAGAACCAAGGUCAUCCCAGAUACCAGACUGGCUGAUCAUCGUUGCUGCUCUCUUGGCACUGGCAUUGAUCCUUGUAGUGUGCAUCGCCGUCAGCAGUCGGAGGAGAUGUGGGCAGAAGAAAAAGCUCGUGAUCAAUAACGGCAAAGGUGCAGUGGAGGACAGGAAGACAAGUGAAUUAAAUGGGGAUGCCAGCAAAUCACAAGAAAUGGUGCACUUGGUUCACAAAGAACAGUCAAAUGACCGAACAGGAGCAUCUGACGAAUUCCUCACCAUUGACGAAACACAAAAUCAUCAGGAGCUGGACAUGAAGAGUGGAGUGUAAUGGUACCAACUCACCAAGUAGAUCAGAGCUGGGGAAAUCAAAAUCACACGGAACUUGGGCCAGAAUUCACAGAUGCACUGUGCUACUGAUGUCUUUUGAACACAAUUAAACUUAAGUUGUCUUCAUUUUUAAUCAUUUUUAAAUGAUGUCUGAGUUACAGAAUUGACAUUUUCUACCUGAAAUAAGCCCCAAGAGUUGCAUAAAUUUGUCAGUUCACAAUUACUACACAGAGGACACUUACUGUGUCCUGGGUAUAUCAUUGAUCCCCAGAUACAGUGUCUUCGCUGUGCGGAGCUACAGAAGUAUCCAGUUGCUCUAUCUUACAGGUAUUUAAGGUACUAAACUUGUCAUGGUACAAGAGUAAGUGAGCAACAAAUGUCAAGAGCAAAACAAAAAGCUUAAACCAAAAAGGCCUCCUAUACAAUGUCUAAAACAGCAGAAUUCAUCAGAAAUGCCUUACAGCCAGGAAGAGCAGUAGGUUCAUUGAAAGUCUGCCAGUAAAAUCAAAAAGUGACAUAGUGAUUUAUGACUUAUUCUGUAACAAGGAAAACCCAGAAGGACAAAGCUUAUUUAUCGUUGUUUUAAAAUGUCUGCGGGCAUGCAGCAAGUCUUUUUGGGAGGGGGAAUAAAGAAAUGAAAACAUGAGCUGAUACAUAAUAAACAUCAUUACUUUAUUAUCUUAACAAUCUGUACAGUUAUCCUUGAGUUUUUGAGUUUUUGAAGAGUUAUCCUUGAGUUUUUGAAGUGUUCAUUGCUCUUCCCCCUCUCUCCUUCAUUGGUCCCAGUUUGUGUAUGUUUUAAUGAGUCUGUUAGUUAGUAUAAUUAAUAAAACAGAAUGACCCCAGCUCUAUUGUGCAUGCACAAAUCAAGGAGUUUGAAAUCAUCAGCGAUGAUGACAGUAUUUUUAUUCCAGAAGAAUAGGUCUUUACUUUCCCCUGCUCAAUUGUACUUAGGAGAUGCUGAGCCUAGUAAAGCUUGUUUCCCCUGUAACUGUUGCGUUACACCAGUUUGAUGAUAUUUUAAAAGUGGCCUUUCUAUGAUCUCACUCACUUCUGAAUUCUAUUUCCUCCACGUUUUAUUUCUUCUUUUUAAAAAUACCAAAACAAAUACUGUUUGUUUACUGGUACCAGAAGUUGAAGUUCUACAUAAAAGAUCAAAGAGAUUUAAAGAAAACUCUCCCAACAAUGUAAUAUAGUAAAAUAGCUGCAGCUGCAUUGUCAUAUGCUUUUGUUUUGUCAUUGUAUGUCUAUUAUGUAAAGUAUUUGUAUUAAGCUAUGAUGCUGUGCAUUAUAUUGAUAUGAACUGCCAGAAAGAAAAUUAUUUACUACCAGUGGUCUGUGCCAUUUUUAAGAAAGCAUAUUGGAAUGGUGGGCGAAUUGUAACUUCUAAUUGGGCUGCCUCAAAAAAAUGCAAGCAAAACCAACCAGAGGUAAUAGCAUUCAGCGAGGUGUGUCAGCUGUGGGAUGGGGAAUACCAAGAGAAGUCCAUUCAGAUGUUCCUGUUCACUGACCAUAGCACCUUCAUUGGAAAACGCCAUUCUGCUAAUGCAUUAUUUUAUGUUCUCCAUCUGAAGCAAUUGGAGGAUAAGUAUUCAGCUGGCUAAGUACUAACAUUAUCUAGCACUGAUCUUUACUAGAACACGAAGCCCAAUCAAAAUCAUGAUUAUGGUUCUCAGUUACAGCCCUUCAGCAGUUUCUCAAGCAUCUAUUUGAGUUGCUCAUUGCCCCAGUAUCUGCAGGCAGAUCUCCUCAGGGAAAAUGUACACUUGGGCAAAAGGUCCCAAGACAAGACAUGAUUUCAGAGUGCACGUAGGACAUUUUCUGGCUCCAUGUAUGUAAAGACAUCUCAUCUAUGAGCAGUCACACAGCUCCGAAGGUGUUCAAACAAGCUGAGGCCAAUAAGGUCAAGGUGACUAACAACACUAUCAGUAUAUGUAUACCAGUACAUUGUCAAAUUUCUCAGCCCUGCCACAAGCACGUGUUUUAAUACUGGGCUGUGCUGUGGGAACUUUGUUGACUCUACAUUGAUUUUUUUCCUAUAAUGUUUUUAAGCAAGCUUUUCUUUUUGUCAUUAUAUAUCAAUAACAUGUAAUUAUAUAUGCUUAUCACUAAGUGCAGAGAUCCAGAAUAAGAAUUUUGACUCUCUUUAAAUCCCAAUUGAAUAUAAGCCACAAUCAAAAUGAGACUUUUCACUGUCUUGAAGGAUAAGGUUUUCUUAUCUUAAAAAAAGGAGGGUGGGAGAGCUAUUAUUUGUCUCCCUACUGAGAUGUUCAGUGGAGAAAUUUAUCUAAUAUUCAGUAACUGUAACUGUAAAUGCAUGGACAACGCUGGUUGGCUACUUUUUAUAUUUUUAAAUAGGGAGAUGCUCAAUUUCUCUUUAAAAAGGCAGUGCCAUUAUUUUAUAUAUGCUGAUUCUUUUUAGAUUAUGUCAUGCAACUGAAGUGCAAUUAAGUUUUAUUAUAGUUUCAAAACUAGAUGGCCAUUUCAUAUAUGUAAUAUUGUACAUAUUUUUAUUAAUCUUGUUUUUUUUUUUAAUAUUUCAGGGGUUGUUUGUUGUGUGUAUGUAUUUUUUAUAUAGAGCACUAGAUAUAUUUGCAUAUUUAUUUAACAGAUUAAUCAAAAAGAAAGAAAAUAGCACCUCUAAAUUGUAAUUAGAAAUAACAUUGCUAAAAUUUUUUUGAACUGUAAAAUAAGCUUCCAAAAAUAAACUUGACUCCACAUUGAGGGUAAAAAGUAAGGUUAAAGUUACUAGUGGGAGAGAGGAGGCAUUCAGCAGGGUAGUCAUAUACAGCAGUGGUGAGCUGCUAUAGUGGUAACCAGAGGUCAGUUCUUCUGCUUGCAAGCUGCAAGCCAAACUCAGCUGAAGGCUGCGGGACCUCACAUCACCCAUGGGCUCCCCAGCUGCUCUGGGGGUUAGUGAUGAGUUCAGCUCCCCUCGGAGCUGAAUAUCUCUGGGAUAUUUCAGCCCAAGAUCAACCCAGUAAAAGAGAAGUAAUGUUUAAAGCAGUAAGUAUAUUUAAAAGAGAGGUUGUAUGUUUUAUGAGAAUGUAAUAUUUUCGUCAAACAGUUUGGGGUGAUCGCUUCACCUGUAUUUUCUUGAAGAUCUUACACGGAAUGGUUGAUUAAAGCAGUGAAAGGA